AUGGCGUCGAUGUUGGAACAGCCCCGUCAUGUCUACGAUGUCCUUCGUCCAGUACUUAUCCUCUCGAAAGUGUUUGGAUUCAAUGUGUUUGAGCUACAAGGCGAGCCACCUUACGUACAGAUGAAAGUCACUCGAGCGAACUAUGCAUCCUUGCUGUUCAAUUUCGUCGGCAACAGCUUUUGCGUAUUUUUGAAUACUAAGAAUAGGCAGCUAUCCAAACUGACUGGAUCAGCAGUAAUGAAUAGUGGAUUAAGUUUUUUAUUUCCGUUUGGAGCAAUCGUUUUCAAUGUGCUAGCAGUGGACAGUUUUUUCCGACGCAGAACCACGUGCGCAAUCAUUGCUGAGUUUUUUGAGUUCGACCGAUCACUACAACGCAAGAAUUACCAAGUAGCACACAAGGACCAUCUACGUGUGCUCUCUUCAAGUCUUAUUGUCUCUGUGCUUAUGAUUGUUGUGGGAACGCUAUAUUCUCUUUUAAUGGCUUUGAUUUCGUCAUUUUCCUUGCAAAAUCAUGUUAUAAAUGCGUUCUCAUACUUUUACACUGGCGUUCAGUUUUUAAUAAUAAAUUUCCAAUUUAUCUGUGCUGCUCGACUUGUUUCCUUUCGUCUGAAUGACAUUGACCGUUGUCUCAAAAGACAUUGGAAAAGGGGCCAGUGGUGUAUUGAACAAAACAAUCGUUGGGGAAGAAAAUUAGAACCGAUGGACGUUGUUGAGGAGCUGGCUGGUGAUGUUGCCGCACUCGUACGCAUUGUGGAACGUGUAAACCGUGUGUAUGCAAAUCAAAUCCUCGGUUGCAUUGUUGGCUUGAGCAUGUUCGGUAUUUUUGUUAUCUAUGCUGCUGCAUACAGUUAUUACACCGGAACGGUAGAAGAAAAACGCUUAACAACGAUACUGGUGGCAACAUCCUCGUUUUAUGUUAUCGUGACUACGUAUGUCUUCAGGUCAGGAGUGGCCGUAGCAAACGGUAACAAAGCCAUAAUUCAAACUUUAAACAAGGCGAUUUUAUCAAUAAAAGACAGGAUUUUAAAGACAAAACUGCUCUGCUUUUCUCAACAAUUGCUCCAUCGAGCUCCAAGGUUGCAGAGUUUGUUCUGCGAGUUCAACGUGAAAACAAUAUUUAGUAUAUGUGGAUUUAUCGUUACCUAUCUGAUUAUACUGGUACAGUUUGAUGAAACCUCGCACGGUUCAUUUACAGGAAUAAAGGCUCAAUAGCUAUAUCCAAAACAUCGCCAUGAACCA